UUUGUAUAAAAUUCUUAAUGUAAGAAGUUGCUAGUUAAUUUUCUGAUCAGAUAAACAUAACAAUGCCUGCUAAAACUAAAAAGACUUUUGGAACGAAAAGACGAGAAAUGGCUCAUAAAGCAGAUACAUUGUGCAGGCAUAAAAGCUGUCAUUUUACUAAACAGGAGAUUGAGAGACUGCUUCAGUUAUUUAAAGAGUUUACAAAGGCACAGACUAUAGAAGUAAAGAGGGGUAAAGGUGGUCUUGACAGGAAUAGAUUUAGAGAUAUACUUCACCAACACUUUGAGAUGACAGAUGAUGUUUUAAUGGAUAAAGUAUUCCGAGCAUUUGAUUCUGACAAUGAUGGUUAUAUAAGUGAUGAAGAAUGGGUGAUAGGAAUGGCAAUAUUCUUGAAGGGAACUAUUGAAGAGCAGUCAAGAUUUUGUUUUGGAGUAUAUUCAACGCGGGGCGAAGAUGGAUAUAUUUCAAGAGAAGAAAUGUACCUACUGCUGAAAAACUGUCUUGUCCAGCACCACCAAGAAGAAGAUGCUGAAGAAAUGCAGAAGGAUUUGGUAGAACUGGCAAUAAAGAAAAUUGAUUUUGAUCAUGAUGGUAAAGUUUCUGUAGAAGAUUAUAUGAACUCUGUAAAACAGGAAACGUUACUUAUCGAGGCAUUGGGACCAUGUUUACCCACACCUAAGUGCAAGGACACAUUUCUGGAACUUGUAGCAGACGACAAAAAGAAACAUUGUUUCUAGACAUGACCAAAAAGCUCCUGUCAUACAGUCUAUAAAGGAAACCACAUCGUCAUCAUAGUCAUCAUCAACAAAAUUCUGGGGAUAAGUUUUAAAUGUUGAAGAAAAUUGACAUUUUUAAAAUAAAGAUUUUGCAGUUGUUGGAGUGUGUGUUACACUGUAUUCAGAUGUUUGAUGAACAUUCUGUGUUUCUUUUUUUUUUCUGUGAAAAAGAUGAUUAUUAGUCUCCUACUGGUGGGACACAAGGAGAACUAUAGGAAUGCCCUCUGUCUGUCCAUCUUUCCAUCUGCCAAUCUGGAUUCUGCAGUUACUCUGAGUAUUCAAGCUAGGUUCAUAAAACUUGGUUUGUGAAUAGAGGGCAAUAUGUAGAUUAUGCAUGUACAUUACUUUAAUAUGGUUGUGAGUCAAGGCCACUAUGGAAGGUCAAGUAAAAAUUGUUUUCGCUCCAAAACUUUUACAUAAUUGAUGGAUUUUCUUAGUGCAACACACAAAUGUUCCCCAUGAUGAGACAAUGUGUCAACACAUGAUCUGUGCUUGUCGGUUAAAGGUAAAGGCCACUGUUUAAGGCCAAGUGAAAUUUGUUUCCACUCCAUAACUUUUAUAUGCAUUGAAGGAUUUUCUUACCACUAUAAACAAAUGUUCCUCUUGACCAGACAAUAUGUCACAUACAUGACCCAUCCUUGAUGAUCGGUCGGAGGUCAAGGUUACUAUUGAAAGUGAAGUAAAAAUAGUUUUUGUUUCUUAGCUUCACACAAGUUGUCCACCAGUAGGGGACUUCUGUAUUGCCACUGCAAUACUUGGUAACUUGUUUUUUUCUAUUAGAUGGAAAAAAACAUGUAUUAAACACAUGUUACAGCAAUGACUUUUGAUGAAAAUGACAUCUGUUAAUAUUCUGAUACACAAAUGGCCUUUAUUGAAUAUAUUAAGGUGGCAUACAGUACAUUAUGUAAUUUUAUUUGCUAAAAUCUUCAAAGGUUUUGUAUCUUUUUAGCUCAUCUGAUUUUUUGAAAAAAAAUGAUGAGUUAUU